AUGAGUGACACUUUGGAACACGUUUGCUUCAAGGGCGAGAGGUACUAUCUUCGGGCUCUUGGGCACCUGCCUCGGCAGGAAGUUGCCCGGCUGGACGUGGACUAUCCGGCGCUGUGCCAAGACUUGACUGUACCAAAACUGUUUGCACCGGAAAAGACUUUCAGCUCAGUGCUUCGCGUCUCGUCGUCUCAUGUGCAACUGUGGACUCAUUAUGACGUAAAGACUUUUUUGCAACCGACCUAA